UUUGUGAGUGAUAUCCAAGAUAUUUUUUCAAUUGCAUAUGUUUUGGUAUUUGGACUCUUUAUAGUAGAUUUAAGCAUUACAGCUGUCCAGUAUAUGAUGACUGUGAAGACUUCUGGGGAAGGAAUAAGGUUUGGCGGUUACGCAAUAAGUCAAGUGUUACAUAUUUUCUUUUUAACUCUACCAACUCAGCAUUUACUGGAUAACAGCCUUAGUCUAACUACCUCUAUAUACAAUACAGAUUGGUACCAUCUGUCAACUGAAUCAAAAAAAUUGUUACUCAUAGUAAUGAGAAAAGGAUCUGAACCCACUACAUUUAUUGUUGGCAAAAUAUUCAUAAUUUCAUUAGAGUUUUUCAAAAAGGUUCUUCAAACAUCAAUGUCAUAUUUCACUGUAUUGAAUUCUGUGCGAAAAUGA